GCUCCGUUAACGAGCUCGUAUCUGCGUAUCUGCGUAGAAAAUAAUAUUAUUUAAAUUCAAAGCAAUCCAAAUUCCAAGUGGAAAAAAUUUCCAGUUAACCACUUUCGCGUUUCGCUUCUUGAAAGCCGGGAUCUGUUAAAAAAAUAUGGCACAACAUGGGGCGGGUGGGGGAUCCGGGGGAUCGGGAAUACCACAAACCACGGUCAUGUAUUCCCAAUUGCAGCCAUGGAGCCAGGCGGGCGCUCCCCCGUGCAUGGAGCCCGUCACCGGGCCAUCGAUUCCGCCCCGGGUGGGCACCGCCUACGAGACGACAACGAAGCAUCCUUGGCGUCCGGCCAUGGCCUACGAACUGAUCCAGGUUAAGCAUCUGCCGGAGCAGCCGGUCACCAACCAGCUGACCAAGCAGUGCUUCCUGCCCAAGGGCAUGAAGACCGAUGGUAUGAUAUUUCCGAAUCUGGUCACCGGAUUUGAUCGCAAUCCGCAGCACGCCGCCCGAGCUGCCCUCUACACUAGAUACACUAGCAACGAAUGGUACAACAACAACAUGACCAAGUACUCAGAAUCAAACACGAACCGGAACCUGUCUGAACGCAUGCGCAAUGAUGCAGUGCGUCUCAUGCGCGAAACGGACGAGAAGGCCACCUCCGGCCAACGGGACGCAGGAAGACGCCUUGGUGAACGUAUCACCGACCUCACAUUUUGGCGUAACGAGCUGAACGCCGAGCUGGAGAAGCUGAUCGCCGAGAUGUCCGACAUCAAUGAACUGCAGCGGCAGUGCGGCAAGGCCCUGCUCGACCUUGAGAUCCCCCUGCACAUUGCCCAGGAGUGCCUGUUCCAUCGGGAGUCACGUCAGGGCACUGAGAAGGUGCACGACAUCGUCGAGAAGGCGCUGCUCGUGGAGAUCAACAAUCUGCGCAAUUCUCGGGACAAAUUGGGCGGACUUCACGAGAAGAUUGCGAAACAGGCUCUGGACUGCCGCGGUGCCCAGCAUCUGCUCGAGGACGACGUGGCCCACAAGGAAUCGUCUCUGGGCAUAGACUCGAUGUGUCACCAGCUGAAUAACCAUAGUCGUGGCAUCACCUACUACGGCGGCAUCGAAAAGUUUGAUCCGUCUGUGAGCACCCAGGAGUCCUGGGCUCAGGCUAGCAGCGAGCACGUCCGGCGCUCCCAGGCGGAGAGGGCAAAGCUGUCGCAGCUCCGGAGCGACUCCCAAAGCGUGGUCAACGCUGUGGCCACCACCGUGUGGGACUUCUGGAGCAAUACAAACAACGCCUUCGACCGACGCUCCCAGGAAAUGGCCGAGGCCAAGAAUAGGGUGCAGCUGCAUCUGCAGAAGGUGCAACAGGAGCUGUUUGACAUGGAGAAGCAUCUGUUCCUGCUGCAGAAGGCCAUCCAGGAUAAGUCUGGACCCUUGAAAGUGGCCCAGACCCGUCUGGAGGCUCGUUCCCAUAGAGAGGGCAUCGAGUUGUGCAAGGACUAUGCCCAAGAUCGACUGGUGCAGGAGGUCUUCGAUAUCCAGGGUGCCGUGGACUCGCUUCAUCACAAGCUCCAGGAGGCGGAGGCCUCACACCAGGGCCUCCUGAAGACCCGCUGCAGUCUGGAGGUGGAUCUGCGCAACAAGGUCAAUGCCCUGUUCAUCGACCGCGAGAAGUGCAUGAGCUUAAGGCGCUCGUUCCCCGUCAGCAACCUCAUAAAGUACUAAUCCUUGUAAAAAGAGACGGGUAUCUUUAAAUUGUAGGUAACAGUCGCACAGUCGCUUCCGCUUUUAUCCGUAGCACUGAAUGUCAGAAUAAAACAGAUUGUCAAUAUAAAAAA